CGUGCGACCACUGUUCUUCGCGCAGCGACCGUUGUGCGCGCGGCGUCUUUAGCUUCUCCACUCUCGUUCGGCACGCAUACUCCAACGGGGUCUUUCUAUACGUCCACUAACGGGAAUCCUUUAAUAUCAACUCGAUCGUCAUGGCAGAGGAAUAUCUUUACGGAAUCGCUCUCGAAGGACUCAAUUCUAGCGAGGUAUGGGAUCCGGAGCACAAGAACGACGACGCAGACGGUACAAACCAACAUUUCGGAGCCGAUCAGAAGCUUAUCAUAAAAAUGGCACUUUUAGGUCCAGAGGCUGUACCUGGAGAACUCAAUGUACUACAGGUGGAAGCAACGGGAUUGAAAGGACCCAUCAAAACACCAAUUGCUCUGCUGGAGAUGGGAAAAACAGCACAGAUUAUUCUGGAUCUCAGUUUUCCUGACCCUCCAGUUACAUUUACUUUGGUUAAAGGCAGUGGUCCCGUUCACAUAGUAGGACAUAAUCUCCUUGGUGCACACAUGGAGGAGUUUGAUGAUAUGGAUGAUGAAAUGGAAGAAGAAAACAUCGACGACGACGAUGAUGAUAAGGAGCCAGAAGAUGAGGAAGAGGAGGAAGAUGAACCCAAGGCGAAAAAGGCCAAAUUAACAACUGCAGCCAAAUACAAAAAUCAAGCUAAUAAGAACAAGAAAAAAUAAACACGAGCCUUAAUACUAUGGAAACACAACAAACUUUUAAGUUAGACUAAUAAGCGUAAGUCCAUCAUUAUCAUCCGCAUUUGUGCGAAUCUAGUAUCGUUUCACCAGAUUAUCAGACGACAAACGUUGCCUUCCACAUUUCUACAACACAACUGGACCAAUGGAAUGUUAUAAUAAGAUGUUACAUUACAUAGUUUUCGAAGAAUAACGUCACAUUUUACUGAUCCACGAACAUUUUUAUUAAGUACUCUGACCACUUAACAAAACCACGGAGCAAGAUUUUUCUUAUCGACGUCAAAUGUUUCUUCGAGAUCUAGCCAAACAUUUCACAAAAUGCCUUAGAGGAAUGACCCUUAAAACGUAUUAGACAAACUACGGGAUAUUAAGGAUGUGAAUUAAAAAUUAUUUUUUUGACAAAAUUUUAUGAAGUUGAAAGUUCAGAGGGCAUUCUUCUGAGAGCCGAUCAUACAUGAUAUUUGAUUUUAUCUUGUUGCAAGGGAGUUGAUAAAAAAAAAAUGUAAUUAAAAUUUCCGAGAAAUCCGUGAGAUAAUACAAGAGCACGGUUUUUAAUGAUGAACAGGAAAAGAAAAAUAUUUGGCCCAGUUGUUGUUAAUAAAAUUAGUGGAAAGCACGGACGGACCUACAGUGAGGUGUAUUCGUAUUGUUUCCUUUUUUGUCUUCUCCGAUGCCGUGUUCACACAUCGACACUUCCAGUGAUGCGAAGAUACACUAUUCUAAUGUAGUCAUGUAAACGCGAUUCAGAAAAAAAAAAACGAAUUACUAUGCUCUUUAAAGAAAAAAAAAAAAAAAAAUAACAAAUUGUGCAGAUAACGUUCCAGUGUAAUUUAUUAUUUUCGUGUGUACAAGAUGGGGAAAGGGUAAUAGUCACAGAAACCCUUAUACUAGAAUGUUAUUAAUGACUGUAAAGAGAAAAAAAAAAAGAGAUCUGAAUUAAAAGAAAAAAAAAAAAAGAAAGAAACAUGUUUACGCGUCAUCUCGACAUUCAUUCCAUUUGAUGAAAGAUAACAGAAGAGGGGGUUACACAGGUGUACUACACAAUGUGAUGCUCUUACAUCAGUGUUAUAUGCGGUAAAAGCAUAUGUCAAGCGUGUAUAAAACGCGCC